AGUCUCGUUUUUAGGAAGUAACAGUCUGACUCAAAACCACGAACAGAAGCUAAUGUCAAAAAAAAAGGACAAAAAAACCUGAGCAUGCUCAUCCGAAUUAGUUUCUGUUCUCGGAUCAGAUAGCGCUGUUGUCAGACACGGUUCAGGGUGUCAAGAUGAGGUUGACCAUCCUGUUGGUCUUUGUUCUGGGCUCUUGUGUCACUGCAGAUUUACCCCAUGAAGCCGUUAAAGAGAAAAAGUCGACCACUUUAUCUUGUGGUCGCCCUGGGGGGGACAUCGUGACAUGGAGCGUGGAGAGAAAUGGGAUUAAAGAAUACAUACUUACAAAUGAUGGCUCCAACACCAUAAAACACAUUAAAGACCCCAAUAAACUUUAUGAUUCACAACAUGAUAAGUCACUAUACAUAAUGAAAGUUGAAGUCUCAGACUCUGGAAGAUACUUCUGUAACAAUGAAUCAGCUGUGGAGCUGACAGUGAUCCCAUCAGGAACAAGGACUCAGACCGUUAAAGAAGGAAAGGACACAACUUUAAAAUGCUUGAAUGCUUCUGAGGGAUAUAAACCGUCAUGGAGCAGAGAAAUCGCUGGAAGACCAGAACACAUCAGGUCUGCUGUUCCUCCUGGGGGAGAAAAGUUGAAAAUCACACAAGUUCAGCUCUCUGACUUUGGACUGUACUUCUGUAAUGGAAAACCAGCCGUUUAUCUGAAAGUGACCCAAAACAACAAACAUCAAGGAGGAAAGAGGACAACAACAAGUACAACACCAGCCACAACAGAAAGAUCCACAACAUAUUUAACAAGUGCAAGUACUGCUGGAACAACAUCAACGGCAAAAACAACAAUGAAAACAGAAAAAACAGCAACAACAAAACCAACACCACUUAUGACACAACCGUCUUCUACUGUGACUGCUACCACUACGGCUGCGUCUUCUACUUCUAAAGCUCUGUAUUUCAGUCUGGCGGCAGGAAUCUGUGGUUUCAUCUUCCUGAUUAUCAUCAUCGUCUUUGUCACCUGGAGAUGCAGAUUAAAGAAACAUGAAGCUGACAAACAGUUCCAUGCCUAUGAUGAGGUGUCAGAUGGGAUAGAACUUCAAUACACAUAUGAUGUGUCAAAUCAAGAUGAUCAUACAUAUUCAACUAUAGCUGAUCUACCCGUAAACAAAUGUGAAACAGACAGCCCAUAUUCCUUGGCUGGUCCUGCUACCUGCUAUUUAAACAAUAAAGAUUCAAUGGGAGACAAAACAUAUUUCUUGUUGGAAAAACCCAAAGCACCAGAAGAACUAUAAUAACCAACUUUUGCACUUUUGUUUAACAGAAUCUUCCAUAUACAUACAUACAUACAUAUAUAUAA